GCGUUGUUUUCGUGUGCUUGAUUAUUUUGAUCAAAAAUUGUUGUUAAAAAGUGCAAAUUUCGUGUAAAAAACGAGUAAAAACGCCGUGUAAAGUACCAACGAACGCCAAUACCGUGAAAAAUCGACAUCAAAUAGCGAACUUCCAUCUCAAAAAUGGCAACAAAGAGUAAACGUAGCGGAGCAAGCACUCCAGCACCAUCAACAUCGACACCCGGUGGCCAAACGGCCGCUUCGAGUCCUCUCUCGCCAACGCGACACUCGCGUCUCGUCGAAAAAGUCGAGUUGCAGAACCUCAAUGAUCGUCUGGCGUGCUAUAUCGAUCGCGUUCGUCAUCUCGAGUCCGAAAAUGCGCGACUUUCGGUGCAGGUGCAAACAACGCAGGAAACUGUUACGCGUGAAGUAACAAACAUCAAGGCGAUGUACGAGCACGAGCUCUCGGAUGCCCGCAAGUUGCUCGAUGAGACGGCCCGCGAAAAGGCCAAGUUGGAAAUCGACACGAAGCGUCUGUGGGAAGAGAACGAGGAGCUGAAGAAACGUUUGGACAAAAAGACAAAGGAAUUCAUCACCGCUGACAAUAAUGCGCGCAUGUACGAGCAACGUUCCAUCGAGUUGUCGGGCAAAUACAACACCGCCUGUUCUGAGCGCAAAAAGGCCCAAGAUGACUGCAAAGAGCUCGAAAAGGAGAACGAUAAACUCAAAAAACAAAUCGCCGACUUGCGCAAGGCACUCGAACAGGAAACUUUGGCUCGCGUCGAUUUGGAGAACAACAUUCAAAGUCUUCGCGAAGAGCUCACCUUCAAAGAUCAGGUGUUCGAGCAAGAACUCAGCGAGACUCGCACUCGUCGUCAAGUGGAAAUCAGCGAAAUCGAUGGCGCCUUAUCGCAACAAUACGAAGCCAAGUUGCAACAAUCUUUGCAAGAGUUGCGCGACCAAUACGAAGGUCAAAUGCGUGCCAAUCGUCACGAAAUCGAGGCCUUGUACGAGGGAAAACUCAAGGCUUUGCAAUCAUUGGUGGCUAACAACAGCAAAAAUGCAUCGACCGUUGCCGAGGAGUUGCGCAUCACACGUUCUCGCAUCGACAGCUUGAAUGCCCGCAUUGGCGAAUUGGAGUCGCAAAACUUGGCACUGCAAAAUCGCUUGGAGGACGAGCGUCGUUUGCAUGCCAACGAAAAGGCGGCACUUGAAGCGGAACUCGCACGUUGGCGCGAGGAGAUGGCUGCCCAAUUGCAGGAAUACCAAGAUCUCAUGGACAUCAAGGUUUCAUUGGACUUGGAAAUUGCUGCUUACGACAAAUUGUUGAAGGGAGAGGAAUCUCGUUUGAAUAUCACACCUUCCGCAGCCAAUCAAUCUCAAAGUUUCUCACAAAGUUUGACACGUGUUCGUGCCACACCAGUAGGAAGUCGUUUGACACCCACGCGUGCCGGAGCAAAACGCAAGCGUACCGUCUUGGAGGAGUCCGAGGAACGCAGUGUCUCUGAUUGGUCUACAACGGCAUCCGCCAAGGGCGACGUAGAGAUCACCGAGUGCGAUCCCGAAGGCAAAUUCGUCAAAUUGCACAACAAAGGACAAAAGGAAGUCAACAUUGGUGGCUGGCAAGUCAUUCGUCGUUCAGGCGACCAAGAAACCACUUUUAAAUUCCAUCGCAGCGUAAAAAUUGAUGCAGGAGCCAAUGUCACUGUUUGGUCUGCCGAUACGCAAGGUGUGACACACGAGCCACCAGCAACGAUCGUCAUGAAUGGCAAAAAAUGGGUCGUUGGAGACAAUAUCAUCACAACAUUGUUCAAUGGCGAAGGAGAGGAGGUCGCUGCAUCGGAACGCGUUAAAAGAAUCAUCUCGACACGCGCCUCACGUCAUCGUGACUUUGGCGGAAGUAAUUUCGAUGAAGAAUUGUAUCAUCAGCAGGUACGCUACCGAUCAUCAUUCACUGAUAAUGGGGGUGAUCCACAAAGAGCUGAAAAAUGCCGCAUCAUGUAAGCCACAACUGCAUCAUCAUUACAAUUUAUACACCGAUCACAAAAGUAAGAUUCAACGCAACUACUAGAGAGAGACAAUGAAUAAAAAACUAUUCUGUAUAACAUUUCAGGGAAUUUGAAACUAGAUACUACUACUUACAAUGAAAAAAGUUUAAAAGUUAUUCUUAAAUAUAUCUAUAGAAAAAAAAAAAAAUAAUAAAAAAAUGAACAAAAAUGAAUCAUAUUAACAAACAAAAAAAAGUUUAGAUCGUAGGUCAGUUUAAAUUUCUUUGGACACUUCCCUAAAUAAAUAUAAAAAUAAGUACUCAGCACCAUCAAUGUUAGUAACUAGAGACGUAAGAUGUCAUUUUUUAACAAUCAAUUAUAUUAUUAUAAAAUAUUUUGUAUUACGAUUAAAGUUACUUUUAAAGCCAUUAAUAUAUAUUUUUACCUAAUUAUUGUACGUUAUCGAGAAAAAUUGAUUGAAUCAAUAUGUCGUCCAGAUCAAAGCUUUUAAAAUUGACAUUUUCCCCGUAUGGGAUGUUUCAGAAAGAAAAGUAAAUUUUAUGAAUAUUGCUUCUUACCAUUACAGAAAAUACAACGUUUUAUCAUUAAGGUCCAGUCAAUAAAAAUAUUUUUGAAUCGAUCACUGCCUGUUUGCAUAUUUUCGAGAAGACUAAGGAACGGAGCACAAAAAUAGCUCAAGUCAUUUUUUUUUUUUAGUAAAACUUAAGGAAUCACAAUUCGAUUCAGAAAUAUUUUUUUGUAAUUUUAGAGAAAAAUUAACAUAUUAAGUCACUUUUAGACUUCCAUUCAACAACUAACUAAUGCAUUUGUCCUUCAGUAUGAAACGGAAAGCCUUAUAUUCAUUCAGGAAUUAACUUUGACCGUUGUUAACUUUAGAGUUAUGAAAAACUAUAGAAAUAGAUUGCCUUUUAACCAUUAAAUAAUUAAAGUUACAAUUUGUUUAAAUUUAUUUUGAAAAGUUGUUUUUGUGUUUAAAUUUGUUUAAAAAUAAUCAGGCCUUAAAACUUUGUUUACAAUUUUUGAAAGAAGGAUCAAAUCAGAAAUAUUAUUAAAUAAAAAAA